AUGGAGAUUGACAGAGUUAAGGGAGGCAAAGCUGCUGGGAAAGGAAAAGGUAAAAGCAAAGAGGGAAAAGGGAAGGCGAAAGGCAAAGAGCAGAAGGGCAAGGGCAAAACAUAUGGUAAGCAAAACCAAUGGAACUCUACGUCAACAACUUCGUGGAGCACAACUUCGAAAAGUGGAAAAGGUGGAGAUCAGAACGACAAGGGCAAAGGCAAGAGCAAGUCAAAAGAUGGUGUGACUUGCUUUAAGUGCGGUAGAGUUGGGCACAUGGCCAAAGACUGUUGGCGAGUGCGACAAGUUGGAAACCUUGAGGCUUCAAGCACUGUCUUGUCUUCAGUGACUGGGCAGGAGAGUGUUGGCCCAUCAGUUUCACAGGCAGCCACAGCAGUCAAGCGAGUGGCAUUUUCAGCUGGAGAACAUGAUCCAGUGGUUUUCGACAUGAGAUCAAGUUCGAUUUCAAGCUGGUGUCAUUGCAGGAUGGUGAAAUUCUUCUACAUUGACAAUGAGGAGUACAAGCCUAUGUCAAUCAGGAGCACUACAUUUGGUGGUGAGACCAACGAGCGUUAUGAGAUCGACACCAAUGAGGUUGACAUCAUCAUUGACUCUGGGGCUGAUGCACCGGUCUUUCCAUCGAGCAUGAUCCACUGCGGAAGGCAAUGUGAUGGUCAGCAAGUGGCAUUGCAAGAUGCUCAAGGCAGGGCAAUUCCACUACUUGGACAGCGAUCGGCCGCAGUAGUCUUGGAGGACAAGAAUGGAGUGGAGAUAGAAGUGAGAGACAAUGUGGUCUUUUCGGAUGAGAUCAGCCAGCCCAUUUUGAGCUUUGGAAGGCUGAUGAAUGCAGGAUGGAGCAUGUGUGCUCAAACCAGAAGUCUUCGCAAUGGAGCCUACGAGAUUUGUUGGACUUCCACAUCUUCAAAACCAUCGGUCAAGAAUGUGCAGAGUCGUUCUCAGUCAACUCCCAACCCAGCGUGUUCCAUCUCGAUGCCAUCCAAAGGCAUUGUCCACGUAGGCUUGCAAUCCUGGAGUGAGGUCUGCCUUCAAAGCUCGAAUCGCUUGAGGCUGCCCUCCAAUCGUUCGAACAUGUCCUCGAACGAUCAAGCUGCUGUUCUGGAAGCUAUGGGCUUUGGUGUCGAACCAGGUGAAGAACGAGCUAUGCUGGAAGCUCUUGAAGGAGAAAUCCAGCCAAUGCUCGACACCCCCGAGGAUGUGCAGUUGGAACAACAGGAGCUGGAGCUACCUCCUGACGUUCCAGCAGGUAAUGGAGAAGUUCCAAGAGUUGGAGAUGCAGAACAACUUCAACUACAAGUUCCACAAGAAGGAGAAAUCGUGGUUGGAGAAGUGCUGCCACAUCAGAUCGAGGUUGAUGGCAACGUGCUGACUGUAGCAAUUGCCCAGACUCAAGGAGUUGUUGAGAGGCAUCCCAAUGCUCAAACUUUGGUGAAGCCUCCAGACCCGAAACAACAGGAGUUGCACGAGCUGACCCAUACCCCUUACGAGCCCUGGUGCACAGCAUGUUUGAAACAUCGAGCACGACCUGAUCCACAUCGACGAACUGGAGAAGCUCACAACACAAGCAUCCCCAUCAUCUCUAUGGACUUCUGUAUGACGAAGAAGAGGGAUGGCUUGGACCCACAACCAGAGAGAGCACCUGACGACAAAGGAGCUCUUUGGCUGGUGUUGACAUGUAGCCAGACUGGCUAUCUUGGAGUGGUUCCAAUCCAAGGCAAAGGUCAGAUCAAGUACAUGACCCACGAAGUGCUGAGCUUUGUGCAGCAUGCGCUUCGAUUGAAGACCCGAAUCUUCACUACCAAGGUGAAAGAUUCAGCUGGGAACUCAUUGGCUGAGAACAGCAUCCAGCGCAUCAGGCAGCUUGCUUGUACUUUGGUGGAGGAUGUGGCUCAGAAAACAGGCCUGAGUUACCCUUGUGAACACCCACUAUGGUCUUGGGCUGGUAGACAUGCAGCUUGGUGCCUCAAUCGUUACCAAGUUGGCAGAUCCCUCACAGCCCACGAGGUGACUCAAGGCAAAAGAUAUGAUGGAAAAGUUGCACGAUUUGGUGAACCGGUCUAUGGGUAUUGCAUGGGCAAAACCGAGAACCAGGAUGCAUGGAUCAUUGGAGAUGGAGUUGAUGUCAUGCUGAGUCGCAGCAUUCGAAGGGUAGAUCGCCCUUGGACCAACUUCCUUGCCUACUAUAGUGGCUUGCAAACCCACAGCUUCGUGUACCAGACCAACUUUGGUGGCAGAAUCGUUCCGACGAAGCGCAAGAUCAUCCCGCAGAAACAAGAUGGUCGACUGCUUCCCAAACUGAGCGGGGUAGAGAGACGCUUUGCUGACGAAGAGGCCAAGUUGUAUCGAUCACUGGUUGGAUUUGGCAUUUACCUGUCCCAAGAGCGCAUUGAGAUUGGGUUCAUCAUCAAGCAGCUGGCAAGUGGUAUGAGCAAUCCAGCGAGAGGUCAUUUGCAGGUGAUGAGAAAGCUAAUCGGGUACCUCAAGAACACCCGUGGUCACUACAACCGUCUGAAAGCUCCCAGUCAUGGACAAGGAGUUCAUCACCACUAUGAUUCGAAAUGGAUCUUGGAGACCUUCACCGACUCAGAUUGGUCGGGAGAUCGAAAAACAAGGAGAAGCACGAGCAGUGCAGUUCAUUGCUUGAAUGGCAUCGUGGUCUACCACAGCAGCCGAGGGCAGCGUGUGGUGAGCCUUUCAAGUGCCGUCUUGGAGGUGAAGCAGAUCAGCACUUUGCUGAACAUCGGAGACAUUGGCACGAAACCAUUAGGCAAAGGACGUCUCUAUGCUCUCAUGUGCUGGUGUAAUGUCUUUACAAAAGAAGGAGUUCCAGUUGGAGAAGAAGAAGCUGCAAAGGCCAAAGGGACCCACUACAACAAGACGAGCGUGAUGAGGAUUGCAAAACUGAUUCAACAAGUGGUUUUGAUUGGUGGCCUUGAGCAGGCUAGCGGUGAGUUGGUCCCAUUUCGCCUGGAUCUCGAGACUGUGGAGGUCUAUAAGUCUACAAGGAGCGAAGUUGGACAUGCAUCUUACAUCACUGUCGUGCUCAUCUUCUUUGUGGUAAUUGCAGUUUUCUACUACUUGCACAAGAUCAUUCGAGAUCUACGUGGACAGCUUGCACACCUUCGAGCAGAGCUUCGAGAACAACAAGGUCUUCAGGAAAAUGAGAUACAUAUGCAUCACAUGCACAUCACUGCGAUGAACGUGGCAAUCAUUCGCAUGGGUGGCUAUGUGAACAUCAAUGAUCCCAUCACAGAGCAGGAUUGGGACAACUGGCACUAUGUGGAGCGCAACAACAAGACUGUUGACUUCAGAAAGUGUCGUCGUGAUCUUGAGGAGUUGCGCAAGUAUGUGCACAGGAGGAGGAGACAAAACACUCCACGACAUGGCUCAAGGUCUCGAGAUGAUGACGAGACUGAGGAGCCACCACAACGACCUGAAGAACUUGGAGAGGAAGAAUGGCUUGAGAACGUCAGGGAAGAGAGACGUGACACUCUUCCAGAAGCCUUUGAAGGUGAACCAGAGCAAGCUGGAGGAGAAACAGAAGAGAUCGAUGGAGAACAUGCAGAAGGAGAAGAAUCUGAGAGCGAGUUGGAAAGAUCGCAGUCUUUCCAUAGUGGCACAAACGACACAAUCGCGAGAUAUCGCGAGCCAAUUCAUGACGGAGGAGUACUUAGAGUGGCCCGCUAUAGAUUGGACAAGCUCUCAUGA